GGCAUGUCAAUACGCAUGCGCAGCAAUUAAUAACACCACGCACCAUUUUUGGAUUUUUCCCAGUUUUACAUCGUAACAAAGAACAAAUUAUUAUGGCAGCAGUUCCACCGGGCAAGACCCCUAUUAGCUACUUACAAGAGUUAUGUACAAAAAGAGGUAUAACACCACAGUAUGAUCUAGUUGCAAAUGAAGGGGCUGUUCAUGAACCCACAUUUAUUAUGCGAGUGACUGUUGGUGAAAUCAGUGCUAAUGGAAAAGGAUCAAGUAAGAAGAAAGCAAAACACAAUGCAGCUCAAGCUGCCUUGAAUCAAGUGCUUGGAGUGGCUAAUGGACAGGCAGGAGCUGGUGGAGAUGCUGUUGUUAACAAUAUCACCCCAAGUCCAGGAGCAGUAGAGGGGGAUGGAGUUGGUAACCCUGUUGGAGAACUCCAGGAGCUGACACAAAAGAAAUUGAUGAAGCCACCUAUAUAUGAAUUUACCAGUGAACAGGGACCUCCACAUCAGAAAGAGUUUGUGUGCAUUGUGAAACUGGGGAAAAUCCAGGAAACAGGCUCUGCCCGUUCAAAGAAAACAGCAAAGAGAAUAGCGGCGCAGAAUAUGUUAAAUCAUAUAAAGGGACUUGUUGAAGAGGGAGGCAAUGCAGUGAUCGAGGAGGAGGAAGAUGAUGAUAUUCCCCUGAGUAUGGAACCACUGAAAGCGUCGUAUACAUCUCUCAAGGAGGGGAAAGUGAAGGUACCAGUACUUAGCCCUAAGCAGAACAAAGAAAUUCAGAAAUUUUAUCAGACUGUAAUGAAGAAAAGCUCAAAGCAAUUAAAGAACUUGCAGGGUAAACCUCUUAAUGCUCCAGCUACCAAUUACUGCCAGAUGUUACAGGAAAUUGCCGAGGCCCAACGCUUUGAAGUUCUAUACACAGAUAUUCCAGAACUUAGUGCAUAUGGAAUGCAUCAAUGUCUGGUACAAUUAUCUACUAUGCCAGUAGCAGUGUGUCAUGGCACAGGACCUACAGUUGAUGAGGCCCAUGCUAACGCUGCCCACCAUUCUCUACAGUAUUUGAAAUUGAUGACAAAGACGUAACGUGGCCCACCAGGAGCUUGGAUAGCCUCACUUUGACAAAUAGUGCCGGAUAGGAAGUGAAUUGAUCAACUACAAAUAUCGUAACAUUGAUGUAAAAUAUUCUUUUUUCAUUUAUAUAUUGUACUGAAUGUAUGUUUUUUCUGUGAAAUUGUGCAAUUUAAUGAAGUUUAAUGUAUAUCAAGUUAGAUGAUUUAUGAUUCAAGAUUUUUGAAAUAUGAUUUGUAAUGAUUUUAUUGGUUUUCUUAAGCAUUUUUAUACGAUUUUUCAGCUUUUUUCUACUUUACUGAUUAAAAAUGAAUAAUAAAUGAAAUCAAAUUAUAAAUUUCGAUGUGAGGACUUUAUGAAGUUUUACAUCAGUUUUCUUUUUACAUUGCUAAGAUUUACAUGAUUUUGUGUCAUUUAAUCAAAACAAAAGAGUUGUCUGCAUUUUAAUGAACGUAUGUUCGGACAAUAACAAAGUUUGUUUUUAUUUUCUGUAGCUUAUUGAACAAACAUUGUAAUUUUUCAUUAAAAGUUUAAUAUAAUUCUGAUACAUAUAUUAAUGCAUUGAUUUCAUAUAUCACAUAAUUUUUGUGCUUUAAGGUAAUCCAUAGCUUGUUCUUGAAAAUUGGACUUAUCCUGUCACUUCCUGUAUAGUUAAUUAAUAUGCUGUUAGCUCAGAGGCUUUUGUUGCCGAGUAAUUAAGAUUGCCGAUUUCAAAUCACGUUCCUAUCACCGCUACGGGUUUGAAUUCCAGCAUGAAUUUUAGUUUCUUUUAUGUGAUGAAGUUUGCUUAUGGAUGGUAAACGGUUCUACGUAUUCUUGCCUGAAAUAAUUCACAAAGGGACACUAGAGGUCUUCUUCUGCUUGAAAAGUUGCUGUAUGGCCUUUACAUUGAGGCUCAAUCAAAAAUAUAUUUACUUUGAUAUUACCUGAAAGAAUGAACUUGUAUAUUCUUUGCCUACCAUAAAGAUAUUGAAUACAGGAAUGUUUGAAAUUGGUCAAAAUUUUUUUUACGAACUAUGGAUUGCCUAAAGGUACUUAUUAAAAGUUUCAUGUGCAUUUAUACAUCAUGUGUUCUUGCCCAUUGGAUUUGAAUCUCGUGUUAGAGGUCAAGUCAGAUCCUAAACGUAAUUUUUUACUGCAGUAUAUGUGUAUUGAUUAUGUCGGGCUAUUUAUUUAUCUUUUUAUUUUGUCGAGUUCAUGACAACUGGGGGAAUAUUUUACCAGUUCUGAAAUAAAAUACAGCACAUAAACAGGUGUGUUGUGAGGAGUUUACAUUGUGACAUUUACUUGUUUAAAGUCAGAAAGAAGGAAAAUCAUCAAACAAGUGUUUUGAUGAUAUGAUAUUUGCUUGUAAUAUUUGAUAUCUUUGCUUGGUAUUCAUAGAUUUGAUAGAGCACCUUUUCACAUUGACUUUUUUUUAAAUUGAAUUACAUUUGAUUAGUGAUAAACGUUGUGUUCAAGUUUCACAAAAUGUUUAUACAGAUAUAUAGUUUUUUUUUAAAUUCAUUUAUGAAAGUUUCAUUGACUAUAAUUGUUUACAAACAAGAUGAAUAGAAAAUAUUAUUAACAAAAAAAGUUAAAUUUAUUGAUUAUUUGGCACAUGAUCUUUUUAACAUAAUUGAAUUUUUUUUAUUUAAAAAAUAGAUAUGUACAAAGUAUGUAUGGGUUUAAGUUGAUGUCGUGUUGACUGUAUUACCUUGUAAAUAGUUUUGCUGUAUCAAUUUUAUGUGUACCGAAUUUUUGUGAAAGGAUUCUUUUUUCUCAUUUUUUUUUAAAUUUUAUAAUUGUACAAUUAUAUGAAGAUUAUCAUGGAACGCAUAAAUAAAUGAAGAUUAUAAAUUUUCUUAUUGUAACUAUCAUUUAGAAACAGGGAAUGGGGAUAUGGGGGGGUAGUAUAGAUGAGUAGAAAGGAUCCUUUCAUUAUAUUUCUCCUUAUAAAUCUGUAUUGUAUAUGACACUGAAGUAGGAAAGGUAUAAAAUCUGUCAUUUAUCAGCUGUAUGAGCUGUCGUUGUUGUCAGCUAUGACAAAAUAUGUACAUGUAUAUUGUCAAUACAGUCUUCCAUAGGCUUUACAUUGUUGGCUAUUGGCAACAACAUAGUAAUUGUCAUUCGUACAUUGUCGGCGAUUGGCAACAACAUACAAAUUGUCAUUUAUACAUUGUCAGGCAACAAAUGUAAAUACAAAAACAUCAUAUUUUUAAUGUGUCAUUCGUUGCCAGCAGCUGACAAAGUACAUUGUAAUUUGUUUGGAUUUUUUAUGGUAAAAAAAGUCCUGACUGGUAUUGCAUCAUACAUUUAGUUGAUUUGUCCCUGAGUGCAAAACAGUAGUAUGUGUAUGUACAUAAAAUCAUGUAUGUAGUUGUUUGUACUCAGGAGUCAAAUAUCAACAGCUAACCAGAUAAUUGACAGUAAGUUUCUUGUCAACAAAAGGAAUUUCGUACUUUGUAUAGUACGAAUAAAUUGCCCCGCAUAAUUUAUAUAGAAUGCACUGUAGUUCAAUUUAUCUUCCUAUUUGUGAAGAAGUGAGGUUAGGUUUUUUCCUGGGUGGAGAAUAGAAUUAUUAAAUUAUUGUUAGCGUCAAUUUUAUAUAUAAUUAUAUGUUGUAAAUUUAUUAGUGGAAAUAAAUUGUCAUAUGGUAUAACCAUAUAUUGGA